CUUUCUUUCAGGGGGGAGAGAUACAUACACAAAUACAUAUAGACAGGUCACACACCAUAUAUAUAUAUGUUAUAGAGAGAUAAAGAGAACAAUAUUGGGUUAAUCAGAGAAACAAUUGGUUGGAUUGGCCGUCCCGUUUGGAUUACUCGUCAGAGCUUGGUAGAGAGAGGAUUAGAAGAGAAAAAUUUCCUCUUUUUGGGGAAAAGCUGGAGGCGGAUUAUUGUGUAAUUUGAAGGGAUCGGAGCUACGAGUUUUGCAAAAUGAAGAUUGAAAAUGUUAAUUGGUGAGUAUUUGAGCUCCGAUCUUGUAGUGAAGUUUCGAAAUUCAGGGUUUUUAAGUAGAGAUGGACGUGGAUUCAACUAUGACUACAGAGCCCGAGCUUGAUAACGAUUCAUCGGCCCAAAAAACAGCCGGGGAAGAUUCGGAACAGCCUACAACUGUUCCGGAAUCCCCAUCGACUAAUCAGCAGCCACCUUUGCAGCAGCAGCAACAUAGUAGUAAUAACAGUAGUAGCAUUAGUAAUAUCGAUAGUGGUGUGGGUGCUGCAGUGCUUGCGGGACCGCGAUGCGCUCCUACUUACAGUUUGGUGAAUGCAACUAUGGAUAAGGAGGAGGAUGGGCCGGGUCCCAGGUGUGGCCACACGUUGACGGCUGUGCAAGCCGUAGGGGAGGAGGGGACUCCUGGCUAUAUGGGCCCGAGAUUGAUUCUUUUUGGUGGGGCUACUGCUCUUGAAGGGAAUUCUGCUGCCUCCGGAGCUCCUACCUCCGCUGGAAGUGCUGGAAUUCGACUAGCGGGGGCUACUGCUGAUGUGCAUUCUUAUGAUGUGUUGACAAAUAAAUGGUCUCGAGUUACUCCUAUUGGAGAACCACCUUCACCAAGGGCAGCGCACGUGGCUACUGCGGUUGGCACCAUGGUUGUCAUACAGGGUGGAAUUGGUCCAGCUGGUUUGUCUGCUGAGGAUCUUCAUGUUCUGGACCUCACACAACAACGGCCACGGUGGCACAGGGUUGUGGUCCAAGGCCCGGGACCAGGGCCACGCUAUGGACAUGUCAUGGCUUUGGUUGGGCAAAGAUAUCUCAUGGCUAUUGGUGGAAAUGAUGGUAAACGGGCUUUAGCUGAUGUUUGGGCAUUGGACACUGCUGCCAAGCCAUAUGAAUGGCGAAAAUUGGAACCAGAGGGUGAAGGUCCGCCUCCAUGCAUGUAUGCGACAGCAAGCGCCCGCUCUGAUGGUCUUCUUCUACUAUGUGGAGGGAGGGAUGCGAUUAGCGUGCCGCUGGCAAGUGCUUAUGGGCUUGCCAAACAUAGGGAUGGUCGUUGGGAAUGGGCCAUUGCUCCUGGUGUCUCACCGUCUCCCAGAUAUCAACAUGCUGCAGUUUUUGUUAAUGCUCGUCUUCAUGUAUCUGGAGGGGCACUUGGUGGUGGACGCAUGGUAGAAGACUCAUCGAGUGUUGCUGUUCUGGACACUGCAGCAGGAGUUUGGUGUGACACACAGUCUGUUGUCACUAGUCCAAGGACUGGCAGAUUCAGUGCUGAUGCUGCUGGUGGGGAUGCAUCGGUAGAAUUGACAAGGCGCUGUAGGCAUGCUGCUGCUGCUGUUGGCGACUUGAUCUUUGUCUAUGGUGGUCUCCGUGGUGGGGUGUUGCUGGAUGACUUACUUGUCGCUGAAGAUCUUGCUGCUGCUGAAACAACUAGUGCAGCUUCUCAUGCAGCAGCUGCAGCAGCUACCAAUGUGCUGCAAGGGAGGUUACCAGGUAGAUAUGGUUUUAUUGUUGACGGAACAAACCCUCCGGUGCCUGGUGCUGCUGCUGCUGCUGCUGCUGAUGGUGACGUGAUAGUAGGAACUCCUGUUGCUCCCCCUGUAAAUGGGGAUAUGUUUACUGAUAUUAGCACUGAAAAUGCAAUGCUUCAAGGUUCCCGAAGACAGAACAAAGGUGUUGAGUACUUAGUUGAGGCAGCAGCAGCAGAAGCUGAAGCUAUUACUGCUACGUUAGCUGCUGCUAAAGCUCGGCAAGUUAAUGGAGAAAUUGAGUUUCCAGAUAGGGAUCGGGGGGCUGAGGCCACCUCCAGUGGAAAACAGAUCACUACCUUGAUUAAGCCAGAUUCUGCAGUGUCUAAUAAUUCUACUUCAGCUGGAGUUAGGCUUCAUCACCGUGCUGUUGUUGUAGCUGCAGAGACUGGUGGUGUUUUAGGUGUGGCCAGACAGCUUUCAAUUGAUCAAUUUGAAAAUGAAGGCAGACGUGUCAGUUAUGGAACUCAAGAAAAUGCAACAGCUGCUAGGAAACUUCUAGACCGACAAAUGUCUGUUAAUAGUGUACCAAAGAAGGUGAUUGCUCAUCUUUUAAAACCUCGUGGUUGGAAACCUCCAGUUCGCAGACAGUUUUUCUUGGAUUGCAACGAGAUAGCAGAUCUUUGUGAUAGUGCUGAAAGAAUAUUUGCAGCUGAACCUAGUGUUCUACAGCUCAAGGCUCCUAUUAAGAUAUUUGGGGAUUUGCAUGGUCAAUUUGGGGAUCUUAUGCGCCUUUUUGAUGAGUAUGGAUCCCCUUCAACUGCAGGAGAUAUAGCAUAUAUCGAUUAUCUCUUCUUGGGUGAUUAUGUUGAUCGAGGCCAGCACAGCUUGGAAACCAUAACCCUACUCCUAGCUUUGAAGGUUGAGCAUCUGCAUCAGGUGCAUUUGAUUCGUGGUAAUCAUGAAGCUGCAGAUAUCAAUGCACUUUUUGGUUUUCGAAUUGAGUGCAUUGAACGCAUGGGUGAAAGAGAUGGAAUCUGGACAUGGCAUCGAAUAAACAGAUUGUUCAAUUGGCUUCCCCUGGCAGCAUUGAUUGAGAAAAAAAUUAUUUGUAUGCAUGGUGGUAUAGGAAGAUCUAUAAACCAUGUAGAACAGAUUGAGAAUAUUCAGCGCCCAAUUACAAUGGAAGCCGGAUCGAUUGUCCUUAUGGACUUGUUAUGGUCCGAUCCCACAGAAAACGACAGUGUAGAAGGAUUAAGACCAAAUGCAAGAGGUCCGGGAUUGGUUACCUUUGGGCCUGAUCGUGUAAUGGAAUUUUGUAACAACAAUGAUCUACAAUUGAUUGUUCGGGCUCAUGAAUGUGUGAUGGAUGGAUUUGAAAGAUUUGCUCAGGGGCAUUUAAUUACUAUCUUUUCAGCAACUAACUACUGUGGUACGGCAAAUAAUGCUGGAGCUAUCUUAGUUUUGGGUAGAGACCUAGUGGUGGUUCCAAAACUAAUUCAUCCAUUGCCGCCUGCAAUUUCAUCGUCGGAGACCUCUCCUGAACGCCAAAUAGAGGACACAUGGAUGCAGGAGCUGAAUGCUAACAGACCGCCUACACCAACUAGGGGCCGUCCUCAAGUGACUAAUGAUAGAGGUUCUCUUGCUUGGAUUUAGAUUAUGCUCCCAGAUUGCUUUCCUGUACUUCCAGGCUACACUAACACUCGGAAAUUUCCAGUGAUCUGUACAUAGCGCCGAGGAUUCUGCAGAGAUAAGUUAAUAAUCUCUUAAAAGAUAUGAAAGUCCUUGAACUCCCACAGGUAUCUUCCACACACUGGAGUGCCUUCGGAAGAUAAAGAUGGAAGAGUUUGAACAUGUUGCAAGCGGCUAGUUGUAGACUACAUUUGUUGUGCUGAAAGCAGGUCAGGAUUUCCAAAAGCUGUACAUGAUCCACAACUGGUAGAAGUUACAGUGUCAUUUCUUCCUUCGAGUGGGUACACUUGUUUUGUUUUUGGUCAUUGUGUAGGUGUAUUAUUGUUAUGCGCGUUAUUAUUAUUUGUGUUGUAAGAGGACUUGAGGUUCGUGUACGAGGUUGGCGAGAUAGAAUCAUAAUAAUCUUGUUUAUUCAUGUAUUAUAGAGGUUUUGCUGUGUAAUUUGUGUUUGUACAAUGUAAAAACCUUCGUUUGAAGAUAAGAAUUUGUUUCUGCUCC